ACUCAGACCAACGCCAGGGCAGGAAGGUCACUCAGACCAACGUCAGGGCAGGACAGGUCACUCAGACCAACGCCAGGGCAGGGCAGGUCACUCAGACCAACGCCAGGGCAGGACAGGUCACUCAGACCAACGCCAGGCCAGGGCAGGUCACUCAGACCAACGCCAGGGCAGGACAGUUCACUCAAACCAACGCCAGGGCAGGACAGGUCACUCAGACCAACGUCAGGGCAGGACAGGUCACUCAGACCAACGUCAGGGCAGGACAGGUCACUCAGACCAACGCCAGGGCAGGACAGGUCACUCAGACCAACGUCAGGGCAGGACAGGUCACUUAGACCAACGUCAGGGCAGGACAGGUCACUCAGACCUACGUCAGGGCAGGACAGGUCACUCAGACCAACCUCAGGGCAGGACAGGUCACUCAGACCAACGUCAGGGCAGGACAGGUCACUUAGACCAACGUCAGGGCAGGACAGGUCACUCAGACCUACGUCAGGGCAGGACAGAUCACUCAGACCAACGUCAGGGCAGGACAGGUCACUCAGACCAACGUCAGGGCAGGACAGAUCGACUAGUGUACUGACACAUGCUACUCUAUGUCUCAAUCCGUCGCAGAGCCAACUUACACUAUCAUUCAAAGCCAAAAUUCACAGCCUAAACCAGAAUUGAAAUUUACUCCUAAAAUGAUAAAAAACCUCUCAAAGAAACACGAAAAUUAUCCCAGGCUAAACUGUAAAUCCAAGUCAAGGGAUUCAAUUCCACUAUUCCAUUUUUAUGUUCAAAUUCCUUCUUCCAACACAAAGUCAGUCACAAAUUCUAUAGUACAUUUCCCAAUCCCAAAAUCUCGGUGCCACUCUAGUCUCAGACUCAAAAUCACAUUGCUGAUCUAAGUCUUAAUCAAGUUGGCAAAGUUCAAACUUCGACCUCCACUGGCAGGUUUCAACCUUAGUGCUAAGUUGUACUUCAAGUUUAAAACCCAAAUCAAAGUUCUAUUCCAUAGCCUUCCCUUGGUAUCCAACAUCCUUUACGUAUCCUAUUAUUAUCCCUCCCUCCCCCUCGGGUAUCCUUCCGCCAUCCCUCCCUAAUCCUAUAGCCUUAAAUCGUCCCUCUAACCUCUUGGUAUCCUUCCAGCAUCCCUAAUCUUCAGGUAUCCUACCUUCAUCCCUAUCUAAUCCUCCAGUAUCCUUCCAUAAUUCCUCACUAAUCCCCAAGCAUCCUUCUAGCACCCCUAAUCCUCGGGUAUCCUUCCAUCAUCCCUAAUCCUCGGGUAUUCGUCCAGCAUCCAUAAUCCACGGGUAUCCUUCCAGCAUCCCUAAUCCUCGGAUAUCCUUUCAGCAUCCCUAAUUUUAGGGUAUCCUUCCAGUAUCCCUAAUUCUAGGGUAUCCUUCCAGCAUCCCUAAUCCUCGGGUAUCCUUCCAGCGUCCCUAAUUCUAGGGUAUCCUAUUAUUAUCCCUCCCUAUCCCUCGGGUAUCCUUCCGCCAUCCCUCCCUAAUCUUCAUAUAUCCUUGAAUCAUCCCUCUUACCUCUUGGUAUCCUUCCAGCAUCCCUAAUCUUCAGGUAUCCUGCCUUCAUCCCUAAUCUUCAGGUAUCCUGCCUUCAUCCCUCUCUAAUCCUUCUGUGUCCUUCCAUGAUUCCUCACUAAUCUCCAAGCAUUCUUCUAGCAUCCCUAAUCCUCGGGAAUCCUUCCAUCAUCCCUAAUCGUCGGGUAUUCUUCCAGCAUCCCUAAUUCACGGGUAUCCUUCCAGCAUCCCUAAUCCUCAGGUAUUUUUCCAGUAUCCCAAAUCCUUGGGUAUCCUUCCAGCUUCCCAAAUCCUUAGGUAUUCUUCCAGCAUCCCUAACCUUCGGGCAUCCUUCCCUCAGCCCUCGCAAGUCGUCUGUAUUCUUCCAGCAUCCCAAGCCUGUCAUCUCCCCCUCCUUAUCUUCACGUAGUUCACCAGCUUCAAGCAUCUGCUCCAAGCUAUGCUCGACUCUCUACACCACCUGAUCAAAAACAGAGUUAAAACGUCAUAUUCUGGAACUCUGCUGACCUGACCUGGUUUGACCUAACUUGACCUGUGCUGACCUCUCACGCCAGUACGAUGUCACCCCCAUCGUGGCCUUCGCUCGCUACCCCCACCUGCUGGGGAUGGGAAAGGUGGUGGAGAAAGGUAUGGGCAGUGCCCACACAGCUGCUGAUAGUGCCCACACAGCAGGUGACAGUGCCUACGCAGCAGCUGACACUGCCUACACAGUUGCUGACAGUGCCCACACAGCAGCUGAUAGUACCCACACAGCUGCUGACAGUGCCAGCACAGCAGGUGACACUACCCACACAGCUGCUGGGAGUACCCACACAGCAGCUGACACUGUCCACACAGCUGCUGACAGUACCCACACAGCUGCUGACAGCACUGUCGUUGCUGCUGCUGCUGCUACUGCUUCCAGCGACCACCGGGCUGCCUCCUGUAAUCAGAGUGGGUGCUAUGUUUACCUUGGAUCAGCGGGAGGGACCGACGGAGCUGGCCUUCAAGUACGCCGUCUACCGCAUCAACAAAGACUCCAGCCUCCUGGCCAACACCUCCCUGGUGUACGACAUUCAGUACGUGCCCAGAGACGAUUCCUUCCACGCCUCCAAGAAGGCAUGCGAGCAGAUCUACUUCGGUGUACAAGCUGUGUUUGGUCCCUCAGAUCCUCUCCUAGGGUCACACAUCCAGUCCAUCUGCGACGCCCUUGAUAUACCUCACCUGGAGGCUCGCCUCGACCUCGAACCUGAGUACAAGGAGUUCUCCAUCAAUCUCCACCCGAGCCACGAGGUGCUCAACAGGGCCUUCCAAGAUGUCAUGACCUUCCUGAACUGGACUCAAGUUGCUAUCAUCUACGAGGAGGACCUAGGACUCAUCAAGCUGCAGGAGCUAGUGAGGACACCGUCCAAGGAUCACAUGGAGUUCCUAAUCAGACAAGGGUCACCUUAUAACUACAGGGAACUCCUGAAGGAGAUCAAGCAGAAGGAGAUCUUCAACAUCAUCGUCGACACCAAGCCGGAGAACAUGAAUCACUUUCUCCGAGGGAUACUUCAGCUCCAGAUGAACGACUUCAAGUAUCACUAUUUAUUUACAACCUUUGACAUUGAGACGUUUGACCUGGAAGACUUCAAGUAUAACUUUGUCAACAUGACUGCCUUCAGGCUGGUCGACUCUGACCACUACCGCGUCAGGAGGGUUCUCAAGGACAUGGAGAAGUUCCAGCCUAUAGGGCACAAUAUUCUCAACCAGAGCAGAGUUAUACAGAUAGAGCCGGCCCUCAUCUACGACAGCGUGCAUGUCUUCGCUCUAGGUCUGCAGGCUCUGGAGCGCUCUACGACCCUCAAGGUUGCUAACCUCUCAUGUGAUCAUGAGCUGCCCUGGGGAGAUGGAUCCUCCCUCUUCAACUACAUCAACUCGGUUGAAUUCAGAGGCAUAACGGGGCCUAUUCAGUUCAAGGAAGGAAGGAGGACAAACUUCAAGCUCGAUAUACUCAAACUGAAGCAGCAUUCCCUCGUGAAGGUAGGGGAGUGGGGACCUGGAAGCGGUGUCAACAUUACAGACAGGGCCGCCUUCUACGACCCUGGCACCAUGAACGUCACUCUUCUCGUCACCACCAACUUGGAGACGCCUUACGUGAUGCUAAAGAAGGAUGAGGCAACCUUAGAGGGCAACGAUCGCUACAAGGGAUUCUGUGUUGACAUGCUGGAACAUAUCGCCACCAUGAUCGGCUUCCAGUACAAGAUCCAGGUUUCUCCCUCCCGAACCUACGGGAUCCAGGACCCUGUCACGGGAGAGUGGAACGGCAUCGUUCGUGAGCUGCAGGAUAACAAAGCUGAUCUGGCCAUUGGUUCCAUGACUAUCAACUAUGCCAGAGAGAACGUCAUCGAUUUUACCAAGCCUUUUAUGAACGUAGGGAUCAGUAUAUUGUUCAAGGUACCGACCAGCCAGCAGACCCGCCUCUUCUCCUUCAUGAACCCGCUGGCCAUUGAGAUCUGGCUGUACGUACUGGCCGCCUACGUGCUGGUCUCCAUCACUAUGUUUAUCGUGGCACGCUUUUCACCCUACGAGUGGCAUAACCCGCACCCGUGCGCCCAGGAGAGCGACGUGGUGGAGAACCAGUUCUCCCUCUCCAACAGCUUCUGGUUCACCAUCGGCACACUCAUGCAGCAAGGCUCCGACCUCAACCCCAAGGCGUGCUCUACGAGGAUCGUGGGCGGAAUCUGGUGGUUCUUCACACUCAUUAUCAUAUCCUCCUACACUGCCAACCUCGCUGCCUUUCUCACAGUGGAACGAAUGAUCACACCGAUAGACGACGUGGAGGACCUGGCUACUCAAACCGAGAUUCCCUACGGCAUCCAGGCGUCUGGCUCCACUAUGACCUUCUUCAGGGACUCCAAGAUCGAGACCUACCAGAAGAUGUGGCGGUUCAUGGAAAACAAGAAACCCAGCGUCUUCGUGCACACUUACGACGAAGGUGUGAGGCGGGUGUUGGAGGGUAACUACGCCUUCCUCAUGGAGUCUUCCAUGCUGGAUUACUACGUCCAGAGGAACUGUAACCUGACGCAGAUAGGUGGCCUCCUCGACUCCAAGAGCUACGGCAUCGCUACUCCCAUGGGGUCGCCGUGGCGGGACAAGAUCUCUCUGGCCAUCUUAGAACUGCAGGAGAAGGGUGUGAUCCAGGUGUUGUAUAACCGCUGGUGGAAGAACACCGGCAACACCUGCAACAGGGAAGACAACAACAAGGAAAGCAAGGCUUCAGCCCUCGGCGUCGACAACAUUGGUGGUGUGUUCGUGGUGUUGCUGUGUGGUCUGGCAUUUGCAGUUCUCAUUGCUAUCCUGGAGUUCUGCUGGAACGCCAAAAGAAACGCCCAGAUGGAUCGGGCUUGCAGUAUGCAUUUAGGUGAAGGACCUUUCAAACAAUCCCUCUGUGCGGAGAUGGCGGAGGAGCUGUGCUUCGCCAUGAGAUGCCGGGGUUCCAGGCAGCGUCCGGCACUCAAACGGCAGUGUUCCAGAUGUGUGCCAGGUGCCACGUACGUUCCAGCGGGGCUGGAAGUACCUCACAUCAACGGUAACGGAGAGAGUGGCCAGAGAGGGAUGAAUGACCUUCAGCAGCGGAAGUCUUCCCUGAAGACUUCCCUACACAAUCUGGUACCUCCAUACGACUCAAAACACUCUCUAAACACCCACUGCUGAGUCACCAACCAGAGUGCUUGGUGAGCAGACAGUUAGCAAAGAAAGAGUACCAAUCCUGAAUGACGAACAGACAACGAAAGUAGGAACCAGAGUUCUUGGUAAGAGGAAAGUUAGUGAAGAACGACACGAGAAGACAGCAAAGAGAGAGCAUCGAAAAUACUUUCGCUGAUGCUGACAGCUGACGAAGAGAUGACGAGCUCUAAGUAAAGAACACACUGACAGCGAAACGAGAAAUGAAUGUGUUCACUGGACUUAAUAUUCAAUAGACAUCGAAGAAAGAGUGCCAUAGUUGCAGUCGUUUGAAAUGAACAUUCUGCGAAUUGACGAACGAGAGUGUUUCGCGAGUACAGAGGAGUACCAAACCUGAAGUGUAAAGAGUGUGUCGAAUUAAAAUGGUUACAGCACCUGUUACACGAACCUAGAUAGCUAUAAGUUACCCCUGCGAGAUAGGGAUGGAAGCUCCAUCACCAGUUCGCUAAUCGCGGUCAGAUAUCCAACGAGUCUGGCUGUUGGUGAUUGCCUUAGUGCCAAAGGACUUUGAUGGCUGACUGACGCAUGAACAUGAAACUGAUGGGUAAAUACUCAUUAGUGCGUUGAAGAGAGCCAAAGAGCCGUCUUGCAUAAAAUGCAAACUUUUGGUACCAUUCCGCUCAGCGGAGACACAUUUCUUUUCCGAAAGUGAUAUACCUAAAUCAGUAUUUUUGACGUGUAUCUUAAGUGUUCUUUGGUGGGCAGGGGAGGGAAUCAUGUCUCCACUCGUCCCACCCUCCACCUCUUCCAUAGCAUUGCGAUCUAUAUAAACUUCAUACAGACAUAACAGCGUCGUGACAAAAAAAAAAAAAAAGAGACUCUGUAUAUCAAGCUUCAGUUGGAAAAAACUUUUGCUCUGUUUAGAGCUUGAUCAUGAUUUGAUAAAGAUCUACACAGAGCAAAAGUUGUCCAAGUAAAAGCUCCGUUUUUCAUCCACCAUGUCUCUUUUCUUCAUUGUUCUCGUCAGUACUUCGUUUGGCUCUAAGUCUGCAGCUUCGUAUACACUCCAGCUGACUCUCAACGUGCUGUGAAAAGACAUUUUUACGGUGCAUCUCUAUAACAUAGUAUAAGCGUGUGUCUCAGCGUCCAGGUCUCAGCUUCUGCAUAAAGUCCGAGAAUCUGGCACGCCCGAGACCGUCUUCAACAGCUCACAAUGCAGCUAUUACCCAGAGUUAACAGUAGUUUAUGUCCACUCAUACACACACACACAC